UCAAUAAUGAUAUACUAAUUAACAAUCUGAAGAGAAUGAAGAAACUAAAUGGAGGGAGAGCUCCACAACUUCGUGAAGGUAUGGCUCUCAAUACUGGUCUCUCUCUGCUACUGUUAUUCCAUAGGAAAGAUAACCCCAAAAGGGUUCGCAAGACUCUUCUCCAUACUACCAAUCAUAUGCCUCUUCCUUCUUCUUCCUCUCAAUCUGAACUCUGUCAUUCUUAGUGGCACCACUGGUUUCAUCAUUGCUCGGCUUGCCAAUUUCAAGCUCUUGCUUUUUGCUUUCGACAAAGGUCCUUUAUCCACAGACCCUUCAAUCUCUCUUCCUCGUUUUCUGGCCCUCGCUUCCUUACCUAUCAAAAUCCAAGCAAACCCACCUCAAAAAAGGCCUCGAAAGACCAAGAAAUCGAUUGCAAUCAAGGUUCUUGUAUUGUCCAUGUUUGUACGUGUUUUUUACUACAGUGAUCAUCUCUGUCCAAAGGUGGUGUCGUUUCUUUAUUGUGUUCAUAGUUACUUCGUUAUUGAAAGGACACUGGACCUGUUUGCAGUCCUGGCUCGAGCCCUUUUGGUAGUUGAGCUCGAGCCUUACCUAUCCACAUCUUUACAAGAUUUUUGGGGUACAAGAUGGAAUCUCCCGGAAACGAGUGUUCUGCGAACGGCUGUAUAUGAACUUACCCACGGUGUUGCCACGUGUGCCGUUGGUCCUAGGUGGGCCCAAGUACCGGCGGUGCUUGGGACGUUUCUGGUGUCGGCAUUGAUGCACGAGCUGACAUUCUACUAUAUGGGCCGGGCAAAGCCCACCUGGGAAAUCACGUGGUUCUUAUUGUUACACGGUGUGUGCGUGGUGGCGGAGGUUGGGUUGGAGAAGGCGGUUAAAGGCAGGUGGCGGUUACCGAGGCUAAUAUCGACCGUUUUGACGGUAGGAUUCGUGAUGGUGACGAGUUAUUGGGUGUUGUUGCCCCCGUUGGUCCGGUAUCAGGUCGAUGUUCGGGCGUUUGAAGAGUACGCGGCUGUUGGCGAGUUCUUUAAGAAAUCAAUCUUUGAUCCUUAGAGAUGUCAACACAAUGAACGGUUGCCAGGGUUACCAGUUUUCUAUUCAUCAUGGUUUAACGGUUUAUGGCAAUUUUGUGAUAAUUAGUUAAUGGUAUAACUUUUUGCCAUUCAAAGAUUUAUUUAGUUCCAAAUCGAUCAUCGAAUGUCCAAAUAUUUCAACUUAAAUAUUAAAUUUGUUCCAAAAUGAUAACUCGAUCAAAUUUUGAGACUUACGGACAGUUUAAAGUCCUUCAACAUUGUUCACCAAAUUAGAAUUCGAUCAAAUAUGUGAUCUAUUUGGUACAGGCUUGUGAAUUGACAUUGUCCCAUUGAUUUUGCUAUAUAAUAUCAACAUAUGACAUGA